AUGGGAUUCACUUCUAGCUUCUUCCUGCUGGUUGGGCUUGCUGCCUCCAAAGUGCUUGCCCAAGUCAAGGGCUCGCCCACGGGCUUCGCUGCUGGGACCACUGGCGGCGGCUCGGCCACGCCGCAAUAUCCUUCCAGUCUUGCAGAGCUCGAAACAUGGCUUACCGACUCAACUGCACGAGUCAUCAUGAUCUCACAGACCUGGGAUUAUACAAGCUACCAGGGAACAACGUCUACACAGUGCUGCCCAAACACAUGCCAGCCGAAUGGCCAGUUGUGGAUUAUGGAUACUUGUGACUACACCACAAGUGCCUGCACCUACUAUAAUGCGGCGCGCAGCCCCAUCAAGGUCGCCAGCAACAAGAGUCUUGUUGGUGUAGGAAGCAGUGGUGUCAUCAAGGGACGAGGGCUGACGAUUGGCGGAGGAGCCACAAACGUCAUUAUCCAGAACAUCUUUUUCACGGGCCUGAACCCUCAAUAUGUCUGGGGAGGUGACAUUAUCACGCUCGAUGGAACUGAUAAUGUUUGGAUCGACCAUAACAAAUUCUCCCUCACUGGUCGGCAAAUGAUCGUAUCUGGUUGGGGAGCCGGAGGACGCGUAACGAUUUCCAACAAUGAGUUUGACGGCACCACCUCAUGGUCGGCAAGCUGCAAUGGUGAACAUUACUGGACAGUCCUGCUGCUUGGAUUGAAAGACUACUACACCUUUGUCGGAAACUACAUCCACGAUGUCUCGGGUCGCGCUCCCCACAUGGGUACCGACUACGAUGCUUCUGAGAUCAUCUUCCACGGCGUCAACAAUUACUUUAAGAAUAUUGGAGGCCACGCCUUUGACAUUGAUGUCAAUACUUGGGUUCUCCUCGAGGGCAACUACUUUGACAACGUGGACACGCCUAUUACCUCGGGGUCGCUUACCAGCAGCAACCUGUAUUCCGUCGUUAGCGUCGCUGAUGCCAGCGGAUGCACCAGCAGUCUCGGGUACAUCUGCGAGUGGAACCGGUUAUCCAACUCGGGCAGUUUCCCAUCUUCGACGAGCUCGGCAGCAUUGUCCAAGUUGGCUCCGUACAAGAGCUCUUUGAUUGGUCAUUACGGAGUGGCGGACGUGCCCACCACAGUCGUCGCUAAUGCCGGCGUCGGACUCAUGGUCUGUUGUGAUUGGUCACCUAAUUACCAGGUUUAUUACAGGCCGCGCGGAGAUUGGACAGACUCACGCAUCCAUCAUAACGGCGUCUGGAUCAUAAACAUGGCCGACCGCCUUGGCAAGCUCAAGACUGAUCUGACGGGAAUUAUCCGAGCGCGAUCUUAUCAUGAGCAAUUUUCCCGCAAAGGUCCUGCGACCUCCAUUUCCACUGAUGCUCCUUCCCCUCAACGCGUGGAAGUGACUGAAGAGCAAGUCGCGACAAGGCACUCCACUGGUCUUUCCAUAAUCCAGUUUGCCGAGAUAUUUCUCGUCUACCUUGUUAGCCAGUCCACUCAGAUACCCAUAGACGAGUUUCUCACGACCACCAUUCACGACGUUACGAUGCUCGACCAGCUUGUAAAGCGCAAGACUCCAUGGCUUGACAUGCCCUUGGUGUUCUCGGGCAACUACCGAGAAUAUGAGUGUACCCUGGAAGAGACCUGGCAGUGCGACUAUCAACAGGGCUACUGGAGGUUUUGGUACGAAGCCGAUCACAGAUACGCUUUGCCGACUGUCGCCUUCUUUCUUGCCGUCAUCAUUGUCUUCUCCCUAGUCCAUAUCGCCGGCAAUGUGCUCCCACAAAGACUAGUACGGAUAGGACUCUUGGGCAAGACGAGGUCACUCUUUCGAUAUCUUUCUUACCGAACUAUCCGGAUCCCUAUGCUGAACUGGAAUUCGGCGCCCGUCGGCGUGUUAUUGCUUGGGGCCGUUGGCACGAUAUUCUUCUUGGCCAUGACCCUGGGCCCGCAGCCAUACUAUUGGCCCAACACGGAUGAUGUCGACUAUGGAUCCUCCCCUCCCAUUGCCACCAGAGCAGGAUGGAUGGGGCUCGCUUGUAUGCCGUUCGUCUUUGCUACCGCAGGAAAGGCCAACUUGAUUACUUAUUUCACCGGCGUCUCGCAUGAGCGCCUUCAAGUAUUCCACCGCUGGAUCUCGUACGCCUUUUUCGUCCUUGCGCUAAUUCACACGUUUCCAUUCAUUGUGUACAAUUACCGGGAGAACAUGAUGACUGAAAUGUGGAAUGAAAUGGUCUUCUAUUGGACUGGAGUCGUUGCGCUCGUUGCCCAAGCGUGGCUGACUUUUGCGUCGUUGAGUCCCCUCCGGAAUCUGUGCUACGAAUGGUUCAAGUUUUCGCAUUACCUGGCUGCAUUGAUAUUUGUUCUAUUCUUCUUCUUCCACUGCGAUGCUACAUUAACAGCUUGGGACUACUUUGCUGCCACUGGCGUAUUGUUCACUCUGUCAUGGCUGUACCGUCACAUUCGUAUCUAUUUCGAGCACGGCAUUAGCCACCGCGCAGAGCUCAGUCGGGCCUCGAAUGGCUUUAUUCGCGUGGCUAUACCUACCAAGACGACAUGGACAGUGGCGCAGCAUUACUUUGUGCGCAUCAUGGGACUCGGCGUGCAUGAUUGCACAGUCCAUCCGUUUACCGCGUGCUCUCUUCCGUCGACAAAUGCAAAAUACCCCAGCGACGAAAGCGAGCUAGUGUUUUUCAUCAAGCCUCGCGGUGGCUUCACGGCUCGAUUGGCGAGCCACGUUACAUCGAAUCCAACUUUGAGGGCGAGGGUGCUGAUUGAUGGGCCCUAUGGCGGAGUUGACCUCAAAGCUAUUACAGGCAGCCAUCGAAUGCUAGUCAUUGCUGGAGGAUCUGGCGCUGGAUGGGUUUUCCCUUUCAUCACAGCCUUUUUGCAGCGUUUGUCUACCGAAGGGCCUACCACGGAGGGAGCCUCUCGCCCGUCUCUCAGAAUUGUUUUGGCGUCCCGCCAACCUGCUACCGUGUCUUGGUUCGAAAGCGAAGUCCAACAAAUUCUCCAUUCGUUUUCGAUGGAUCAUACAUCAGCCAUUGAGUUGGAGACGCACUACACUGGCUCUGAAGAGAGUGGUCAGAUUUUGGUAUCCGAAAACAUGCAAGAGGUUCCUGAGAAAACUGGCAAAAUGACAUCGAACCAAGUUGAACCAACGGCAAACGCGAGCCUCUCGCCGACAUCUCAGUCCCUUGACCAGCAGCGCAUUCAACACUUUGAAUCGAGGCCCGAUCUAACCAACGUGGUCGCCAAUGAAGCUGGAUCCAUCACGCGUGGCCAGACCUUGAGUGUCUUUGUGUGCGGACCGUUGAGCAUGCAGAGCGAUGUUGCCAAUGCGGUGGCUCACGAGCAGUUGACUCUGGCCAAGACGGGCGCUGGUGACAUUUACCUCCAUUUGGAGCACUUUUCUUGGGCAUGA